AUGACUGACGGACAAUCAAAGAAAACCACUAACCUUCAUAAAGAAGUUUCUAUAGCAACAGGAGUAGGUGAAGUAACUAUUGCCCGUGUUGUUGCUGAAUUUAAUAAAACUGGAAAGGUUACAGCAUCAGAACAAGGUCAUCGAGCUCCCAAAGAUUUUCAAGCAGAAUACGUGAAUGCAAUUCAUGUUUUAAUUCUCUUUGCAAAUAGAAACGGUCUUCCUCUUUCUCUUCGAGAAAUAAUCCUUGAAUUAUCUAAAUUAGGCUUUGUAAUUUCUAAAGCACAACUCGCACGAGACGAAAAUCUUAAUGAGGAAGUGUAG